AUGCUCAAUGCCCAGGGGCUGCCGGUCCCUCACUGGACAGUUACAAACAAACUGAUCUCCUACCAGGACUCCAACUACAGGCGCUCUAUUCCAGCUGAAGAGCGCCUGUCCAUCUGUCUGCGGUUUCUUGCCACUGGGGACUCCUACAGGACCAUUGCGGGGAGCUUCAGAGCGGGCAUAUCCACCGUCUCCAUGCUCAUCCCAGAUGUGACUCCACUGCGACUCCACUCCAACUUCAGGAGAGGAAAGAGAGAGAGCAGGAACUGA